AUGACAUCAAAAUCAGCAAGAAGCAAACAAGUCCAAUUGACUGACUGGCAAUUAUUUACCAACAAUGGAAAUUUUAAUAAUCCAUUACCUCCUGGUAGACGACUAAACAAGCGAUAUCCUUAUUUUGUCGAUGAUGUUGAUGCCAACAGUGUACGUACACGUUGUAGAACAGCAAAAAAUCAAUCGGCAAUAAGUACAAGCACUAGAAGAAUAUUAAGUGCACGAUCUAUCUAUUAUAGACGUAUACCACGAGUCAAACCAAUUUAUCUUGAUCUCAAUGAAGAAUCUGAUGAGAUUCGUGUUUAUCCAUCAACAAAGUUACAAACAGGUAGAGCAUCGACAGCUUGUUCACAACGUUCGCAUAUUUGGGAACCUCAAGCAUGGUCAUUUUCUUAUCUUCAUCGAGCAAUUAUUGCCAUUGAUGAACAAGCUAAAAAAGAUUAUUUAGCUGGUCGUACAAUGAAUGCACUUGCGGCCUGGCAAAAUGCACUUAGCUUUUGUGACCAAUUAACUCAGCGAACUCAACUAUGGCCUGAAAACGUAUAUUCAUAUAUUUAUAUAGAUAUACAUACACAUAGAGUCUAA